AUGAGAUCAGUAUCUACCAGAUUCUACAACUCUACUCUACUCUCUGCAAAUAUGUUGGCUGGAUCCAAAUGUGGUAGCACAUUUUUACUUGAAAUUAAAUCCUUUUCAAUUUUAGAGCUAAAAAAAGCCAACAAAGUCAGUUGUUUGUUAGAUGAUGUUGGUGAUAGUUAUUUUAGUUGUUGGCAAAUUGAUAUUAAAGGUAAUAAAAGCAUCACCCACACCAAAGACUAUUGUUAA